UAUACUUGGAUUGAUAUUAAGAUGAUUAGAUGAAGUUGAUUCCUCGAUGAGUUAAAGUUUUAUUGAAAGUGAUUUUCUUCUAAUAGUCGAUAAGUUCGUUGGAUUAAUGCAAUGAAAUCGUUAAGUGGAAUCGUUUUCCAAUUGCUCAUGAUAACGGCAAUAACUGCAACUUUACGUGAGAUUCAAUUCUUUACAAAAUUAUACGAAAAUGAUAUUCCAAGAGCAGUUUUCAUGAAACUCAUUGAUCGACGCAUGAAAACGAUAAACGAAUUCAAAGAAACAUCCAAUUUAACCGAGAUCGAGACAGACUAUUGCGAUUCUAUUCUUCAAUCGCUGCAGUUGCUUCAAAAUUUAACCGAUGAAUCUGAUGGAAUGCAAAAUUGUGCCAAGAACGAGACGUUCACUUUUUAUGAAAAUAUCGUCAAUUCCAUUACAUUCUCCUUUGGAAGGCGAAGAACGACCGUUGAAUACCAAUCGCCUGCAUCCAUUUCAAAACUAGUGGAAAGUGAAGAGAAGUUAAACGAUUUCCACAGAUCACUGGUAACUACUCUGAUAGAUAGUUACAUUGAUGAUAUAAAGAUGGUUAUGGAAAGUCUAAACGUCAUGGACGGAGUAAAGCACGAAAUUAACAAUCAAACUGAGCGGAUGGCUGUCAUGAUGGUUGAUCAUUUGGGUUCCAUUUCUAAAAACAUUAAAAACUUGACGACAUUGGAUGAAGUGGAUAAUGUUUCAAAAAAGCCAAUCGCUUCUGGAUACUUUAAGUUCGCUUUGCAACAAUUGGAUUUUAUUGUGAAAAAGUUUCAAACACAAUUCAAAUGUUCUCAUUAAAUCAUUUAAUAAUGAAAUUAACUGA